AGAAUCAUAAACACACUUCAUGAUAAUAUGAUAUGAUCUUUUGUGGGGCAGAAACAGACAGAUUGGCUAAAUGGGUCCCACUACCUCACAUGUCCAGCCAGCCCCUUUGUAGAAUUGAAUACCUCCACCCAACACAUAUUCUUGCAUUUGUUUACUCAAUACCCAUACCUUUUUCUUUGCCUAUAUAUUUAAGGGAAGUAACCCAAAAGAAGUAGGAUAAAAGAGAGAUAGUCACUUGAAGUAGCUAGGUAGCUGCUAGUUAAGUUGUUUGGAGUUGUGACAGUUGAAAAGGUUAGUUAAAGAAGUGAAACAUGGAAGUUGUUGAGGAUGAUUUGUUCUUUGCUGAUUUGAGUAAGAGGAUAUCUCUUUUGAUUAUGGAUGAUGAUGAUGAAGACCCUACCCUUUACUGCCCUCCUGUUUCUUUCCAGGUUCUCUCUCAAACAACCCAUCCAAAUCAUAACCAAAUACCAACUUUCCAUGAGCAAAAUGGUAGAAGAGAAAUCAAAGGAACAGGAGUGUUCAUCCCACAAUCUUCCACUAAUAGAAGAAGCAAGCAGUCAAGAUCCAAGUCUUCAAACACAAGGAACCUUCAAACUCAAAGUCAAAGUCAAAGGCAUGUUAAUACUUCAAGUGGACACUUUCCUCAUGAACACUACAAUAAUCAUAAUACUAAUAUUAACACCUCCUACAAUUCUUUGAAUCACAAAAGAUGCUAUUAAUUAAUUAAUUAUUUAAUACCAAUUAGUUAACUAGUAGAAUAUUAUAUUAUAUUAUAUAAUUGGAUGUAUAAGCUCGAUUAAUCUAAUCUGUACGUGUGUAUGUAAUUAGUAUCGUUUUUUUUUUGAAAAUAUGAGGGAUUUUUUUUUUUUUUUGUGGGUAAUGAAUAUAUAGUGAUCAUAUAGAUCAUGUAACUUAAGUUUGUUUAGUAGAUAAGAAGCAAGUGUUUAAUGUCUUGUAAUCCAAGGUGUCAAAUAUUUUGUCGACAAUUUGUAUUGAUCUUGAUUCUAAAUAAUCAUGUCAACCCGUAAUUUGUAUAUAUGUCAAAUUAUUCGUCGAAGUUAUAAGAUCGUCAUUGGCGAAACUACUUGUGACACAAAAAGACGUACAUAGAACAUAGAUAAAAUAUUCAUUGUAACAUUUCCUAAGUUUAUCAUAUGAUUUAGUUUAUCAUACGAGUAAAAUGCCAAAAAAAAACUUCCUAAGUUUAAGCUACUUUUGUCACUUAGUCCGAAAUUAAACAUUUCCUAUCUGGGUUACUGAGGUUUCAUUUCUGUUAACUUCUCCCCUUUUACGUCGUUUUCCUCGUUUAAUUAAAUAUAAUAUGACAUAAAAUGACGAUUAUGCCCUUUAUUUAAAUGAGGAAAAUGAUAAAAAAGGAGAUAAGUUAACCAAAAAAAAAAAAGUCUAACUCAAUUUAUUAAUUGAAUGAAAAUAACAAAAAA